AUGCUGUGGCAGCUGCGGAAUGCAAACAAAGAGGCUUUUCGGGAGGUCGGCGCUCCAGAGACUUUUGCAAAAUUCCGCGUCGAAUGCUCCGAUAGCCUUGUUGCAGAGGAUGUCUUUGCAGCUGUGCUGUGUGAUGAGCUCAAUCAUAGCACGGUGGUGAUCGGAGUCGACGGGAUGCAAGGUCUGCCUGGAUUUACCGAGCGCAGUGAUGCUGCGGGCAAGGACCUGCCAUUCUAUCAGGUGAUGCAGGAGGUCUGCCGCCUCAUCAACCAAAUCGAAGGUCCCUUUGUCGUAGCUUGUGUGGCCGCUUUGCAAAAUGUGAAGAGUGGACUUGCUGGCAGUCCCCAGGCCCGAGUUUUUCUGGAGCUGCCACGCGUGACCGCCGUAACCCGCAACAAACAGCCGGUGCUGCCCGGCCACCGCCUAAAAGACCUCCUGGUCGAAGACAUGGGCGGGCAUGGCAGAGCUUUGGAGUGCCUUCUAGAGGCCUUGAUGGAGAUGCCCAACGCUGCAGCAACUGCCUUGGUGGGUGCAGUUAUGAGACAAUUGAGGCAGAAGUAUCCUGACGCCACUCAGAUGGAGCCGGGUGCAGACCUCAAGGAACUGCUUCGCGCAGCUCUGUCAGGCAGAUGGAUUUUGUCUGGCGAAAUGGUCGGCAAUCUAGAUCCUGAGAAGGUGGAGCUUAUCCGCGUCAAGUUCAAGGACGGCGACUCCUCGCAGUACCGCAUCGACUUGCCCUACAUUUGGUUGUACUUGAUGCUGAGUUUGUCUACGUUCUCUGACGAUUUGCAACCGUGGAACUUGAUGGACUACCGCUUGUUUGAGUCAGAACCAACCUGGCAACAGUGGGAAGAAUUCAGUGCCAGGUUUCGAGUGUUGCGAGCUUCUGCGUUUGAGGAUGGACAACUAGUUGACAUUGCCGAUCUACACAGGGGUGCAGUGAUCCAGCCUGACAGCUUGAAAAGCACCAAGGUCAUCAACCGGCAUCUGCAAUUUGCCAAAUCCAGGAAGCAAUUGUUGUCGAGGUCCUCACGCUGCGGCAAUCCCAAAGCUCGGACAAAUUUACUUAAGGGACUGGGAAUAGUGCGUAGUUGA